CGUCUAGACUUUGGGUGGGGUCGAGAAUACAAGAGGAGGGGUACUCAACAGCAGGCGAGGAUUGUGGGAUUAUGUGUGUGUAUGUGUGUGUGUUAUUAACAGUAGAGGAGGGGGUGAGGGUUAGGAUGGGAAGGUAUUAAAGCCAGAGUGGAGGGAGGGGACUGACAAGCAUCUAACGCAUGUCCACAUCUGUGCAUGCACUCUGGCUUUCUACUCGUCCCCGUCUCGUCAUGCUUGUCUUCCUCAACUUGUCUUUUCUCCACAUCCUCUGGCCUUCUUCUUCUUUUUUCUUCUUCUUCUUAAACUCCCUCCCCAUCUUUCCUCCCUCCUUCCGCCUCCUCGUCUCUUAAUAUCCUCUGAUCUUAAUCCCACUCUAUUGUCGCUCCCUUUGUGUCUCUCUGUAUCCCCCCCUCUCCCCUCCGUGUCCACCGUGGACUCCCUCUGUUUCUUGGGAGUUGUAGCAGAUCAGAAGCUCCAGACAAGACGACAAGGCACAGUCGCAGAAAUACUAGUGGUUUAGCUGGUGCAUACUUGUGGCGAACAGGGAGGAAGAAUAAGGGCUUGUGGGGACGAUGGUCACAGCUAUAGAGGAGGUCUGUCCCAAUGGGGCACAGGAAGAGGAGGAGAAGGAGGAGACAGCCACGGAACAGAUGGGUGUCCGGUCCACCCAGGAAGCAGGAACGUCCGGAGCCAUGCAGCAGGUGUUGGAUAAUGUGGGUGAGCUGCCCACCUCCGCGGGCGCCAAAGACAUCGACCUGCUCUUCCUGCGUGGCAUCAUGGAAAGUCCCACUGUACGCUCUUUAGCUAAGGACACGCCGUACCCCUGUCUGAGCUUGUCUGUCUCCCAGGCCCAGGAGCAGCUGGAGGAGGUAAAGCUGGAGGCGGUGCAGGACAACAACAUGGAGCUGGUGACUGAGAUUCUGGGCGACAUUAAAAACCUCAAGGUGAAAGACGACAGUGCAGCAGAACUGUCGAAGAUCCUCCAGGAGCCGCACUUUCAGUCUCUUCUCGAGGCUCAUGACAUGGUGGCGUCCAAGUGUUACGAAGUCCCACCCCCAGCUGACAUGACCAAUGACGCUGCAGUGAACAGCGCCCUGAUGCAGGCUGACGCUGUGCGCAUGAUUGGCAUCCGAAAAAAGGCCGGAGAGCCGCUGGGCGUGACGUUCCGGGUCGAGAAAGACGACCUGGUUAUUGCCCGAAUCCUUCACGGCGGCAUGAUUGAUAGGCAGGGUCUGCUCCACGUGGGCGACAUCAUCAAGGAGGUGAACGGAAAGGACGUUGGCAAUAACCCCACCGAACUGCAGGAGAUGCUCAAAGACUGUAGCGGUGGGAUCACCCUCAAAAUCCUCCCCAGCUACAGAGACGCACCUGCACCACCACAGGUGCACGUCCGACCGUACUUUGACUACAACCCGGCCAACGACAAUCUGAUCCCAUGUCGAGAGGCAGGAAUGGCUUUCAAGAAAGGUGACAUUCUCCAGAUAGUCAACAGAGAGGACCCAAACUGGUGGCAGGCGUGCCAUGUUGUGGGCGGGGCUACGGGGCUGAUCCCCAGUCAAUUCCUGGAGGAGAAGAGGAAGGCGUUUGUCCCUCGGGACUUUGAUGGAUCAGGGAUUCUCUGUGGAACCAUAGCAGGAAAAAAGAAGAAGAAGAUGAUGUACCUGACAGCCAAAAAUGCAGAGUUCGACAGACACGAGCUCCAGAUCUAUGAAGAGGUGGCGAAGGUACCCGCAUUCCAGAGGAAGACGUUAGUCUUGAUCGGUGCUCAGGGUGUCGGCCGACGCAGCCUCAAGAACAGACUGAUGGUCCUCCAUCCAACCCGCUUCGGCACCACCAUACCGUAUACCUCACGACGAGCCCGUGAUGAUGAGCUGGAUGGUAACUCUUACCACUUCACCUCAAGGACGGAGAUGGAGGUAGACGUGAAGGCCGGUCGCUUCCUGGAGCACGGCGAGUAUGACGGAAACCUGUACGGGACGAAGAUCGAAUCCAUCCAUGAGGUGGUGGGCACAGGACGCACAUGCAUCCUGGAUGUCAACCCCCAGGCUCUGAAGGUACUGAAGACUGCGGAGUUCAUGCCUUAUGUGGUGUUCAUUGCAGCGCCUGAUUUCGAUACACUCAAGGCUAUGCAUAAAGCUGUGGUUGACGCAGGCCUCACCACCAAGCAGCUCACGGAUGUGGACCUGAGGAAGACGGUGGAUGAGAGCGCCCGGAUCCAAAGGGCUUACAGCCACUACUUCGAUCUGACCAUCGUCAACGACAACCUGGACAAGGCCUUCGAGACGUUACAGGCCGCCGUCGACAAACUGUGCAGUGAAGCCCAGUGGGUCCCGGUGAACUGGGUGUACUGAGGACCAGCGGCGGUACCCCGACCCACCCACAUACCACCCACUCUGAGCAGGUCACACUGACCCACCAGCGUGUGCCCACAAAGGCCAAAGACGGGGAGAACAGGGCAGCUUUGUUAUUGGAGACAUUUCUGCAAAAUAACACGAAUAUUUAAAAAAAAAAAAAAAUACUUUUGCUCUUUCCUCUCUUGGGCCUGCACGCUGUAAAAAAUUUUCUACUCAAAGGGAAAGAGCGCUUAUUUAUUUUAUAACUUUUUAUGAAAGAUCUUUCUACUCAAUGUGGAAUUUCAGUGAGAAUGAAACAAAAUAAUGUUGGUCACAUACUUGGGCCAUAUUUUUGCAUUAAUUUAUUGUUUUGUCUUUCAGUCUUUUUCUCCUCCCAGAGUUUAGAUGUUUGUCCAUUUUUUUCGUCUUGUCACGGACAUCCAGGAUUUAUGAUCCUGAUUUGAGCGCCCAAAAUGAAGACGAGACAGGCAGAGGGUUAACAAAGAUCUUUAAUUUUCCUAGAAACCUGUCCGAGUCGCUCAUCCUUGCCCUGUCUGAGCAUCUUUGUAUAGUUGUGUUACCUUCACGUCCACACUGUUGAAGCCCUUGUGUUUUUAUGUAGCCGACCCCGAGCCCUUCCUCUGUCAACGGGAACGACUGUGGAGGAAUAAAAAAGGCCCGUUUGUUCCACUUCCAACAUGUUAAAAAAAAUCUUCUUAAUGUACCUUUUUAAGAUCAAACACUGUGUUUCACAAUUCUGUAUUAUUUAUCUAGUUUUGUUUUUCUAAUCUUUUUCAUUGGUGUGGUGAUUUUCUAUAGCGUCUAGUGUUUUGUCACAGAUGAUCCUCUACUUUUAUUUUUAAUCAUCAGUCUGAAGUCUGACUUUACAUCCUGACUUUUACCGUCUACAUAAGCCAAGCUGUUCAUGUUUUACAUAUGUAAAUGUGGCACAAACCCACCCUGUCCUUAGUGCCCCUUACCUUAUGCCAAAUUCUGACCGUACUCCGAAUACAGCUCAAAAUUCACAUCGUAGCAUCGAUAACCUACUGGCUCUUCUAUAUGUAUGUAGUUUAAUAUAAUAAGACUUUGGGCAGUGAAUGGAUCUAGAAAAGCCAAACCUUUUAUACUGUGAACAGAGUAUGUCCAUCAGAGCAGUACCGUGGAGAAAAACCAUACAUUUAAUAAAGAGCAAAACAUUUUAAUGCCAGACAGGUGAGGCCCGUUCACUAUUUUACAUCACAAGCUCAUUUGUUAUAAUUCAUUCAAAGUGGGAUUGGACGUGGUAAUAGAUGGACUUUCUUCACAGCUUUUACGUAACAAUUUCAAAGUCCUGGACUCGAUCUGUGCCACGUUUUCGAAAACAGCCCCACUGCCUGUUCAUGUGUCAUGUCUUCAGAGUUGUUUUUACAUUUUUAUCAGCAAAAUUAUCCUGAAUAAAGUUUAAUAAAGCUCAACAA